AUGUUGUAUAGGUUGUAUAGGUUAUUACUGUUGACAUUCUUGCUGGGACAAUUCCGAUCGACGGAUGGUGCAGCUUGUAAAGGAUGUGUGCCGCCCUGUAUAUGUCCUGGCGAAAAAGGUGAAAAAGGCUCACGUGGAUUUCAAGGUGAGAGAGGACACCAAGGAGCUCCUGGACUGGAUGGACCAGAAGGGAACUUGGGACUACCUGGCAUGAUAGGCUCAGAAGGUGAUUUUGGCGAUAUAGGACCGAAAGGACCGAGGGGUGAUCGAGGACUCCCUGGUUCACCUGGUCAUGUCGGCCUACCUGGUUUGGAUGGUAUACCUGGAAUGAAAGGUGAAAUGGGUAUUCUUGGAUGCAAUGGAACUGAUGGCAGACCCGGCUUUCCAGGACUUGCUGGACCACCAGGUUCACGCGGAUUGCCAGGAGAAGCCGGAAGACCAGGAAACCCUGGCUUUCCUGGUGAAGGAGGCAUUAACUCAGUAGGAAGGAAAGGUGAAAAAGGAGAAGCUGGACGAGCUGGCUCACCUGGUACUCCAGGCAUACCAGGUCUGCCUGGUUAUAAAGGCGAGAGAGGGGAUCGCGGGCCUUUUGGACCACCAGGUUUUCCUGGUCCUCCUGGACCAAAAGGACGCAUGGGCAUUAGAACUCCUGGUAUGAAAGGAGAAAAAGGUUUGGCCGGUCCACCAGGACCGCCUGGACCUCCUGGCAGUUUCGCAGGUGCAUCAGCUCCUGAGGAAACCGAAGUCAUUCAAGGUCCAGCAGGACCUCCAGGCAUGAAAGGUGAAAAAGGCAGAGCUGGUCCAGUUGGCCCAGUAGGUUAUGCUGGUCUUGAUGGUACGCCUGGUUAUCCUGGCUUAAAAGGUCAAAAAGGAUCCCCUGGUGAUCCUGGAAGCAGGGGCAAGCGAGGAAAAGAUGGCAAUGUAGGAUUGAUUGGAGAAAAAGGUGAAACAGGAAUACAAGGAGUUCGAGGAUUGGAUGGCUAUCCAGGUAUGAAAGGAGCAGCCGGCGAGUUAGGUUACCCCGGGAGGCAAGGCUUGGAAGGAGAUCCUGGCCCACCAGGACAGUAUGGAGUUGGAAGAGGAGAACAAGGACCACGAGGACAACAAGGAUUUGAUGGUAUACCUGGGCCGAAAGGAGAACCAGGAAUGCCCGGAAUUAUGGGCCCAGUUGGGAUGCGAGGCCCUGUUGGACCACCUGGCUUUCCAGGAAACCCAGGAUUGCCCGGCUUUCCUGGAUAUUCGCAGAAAGGAGAACGAGGAACUGAUGGAAACCCAGGAUACGCGGGAGAGGCUGGAACACCGGGCAAAUUAGGCGAACCUGGCUUACCCGGGGAAAGUGGUUCAUCUGGUUUUAACAUUCAAGGUCCUCCAGGUCUCGAAGGAAGACCAGGAAGAGAUGGAUAUCCCGGAAUUCCUGGAGAUGUUGGAGAUCCUGGAUUAACGGGAAUGAAAGGAUUUCCUGGAGAUGGAGUUAAAAAAGCAGGCCCGCCUGGUUUACCAGGUCUGGUGGGACAACCGGGCGAAAAUGGGAGAAUCGGACUUGAUGGAAUUCCUGGACCAGCUGGUCUAUCCGGAAAACCAGGAGACGAUUGCGGAUAUUGCCCUGAUGGUUUGCCAGGCCAGAAAGGAGAACCGGGUGUCCCAGGUCAGGAUGGUUAUCAAGGACCCCCAGGGCCAGAUGGCAGUUUAGGCGCUGAUGGUCCUAAAGGAAAUAUGGGGAAGAUCGGCUUCCCCGGACCUGAUGGACUUCCGGGCUCUAAUGGUCUUCCUGGUCUGCCUGGAUUUCAAGGACUUAAGGGCGAAGCUGGAGAAAUCCUUGGAUCGAUGGAAAAUCCACAAGGACUGCCUGGAUUUAAAGGAGAACGUGGACUAGCAGGUACACCCGGAUUACGAGGUCAACCAGGGAUUGACGGCUUGCCAGGACUACCCGGACCGAAUGGUUUACCCGGUUUAAUGGGAGAAAAAGGCGUUCUCGGAAUUAACGGCAAGCAUGGGAGAGAUGGAAUGAUUGGUCAACCCGGAUCACCUGGUCUUCCAGGUGACUCAUAUGCCGGCCCUUCUGGUGCUGAUGGUGCUAAAGGUGAGAGAGGAGAAGAUGGAUUUCCAGGACCACAAGGAUCUACAGGACCACAAGGCCCACAAUUCACUGGACUUACGCGAGAAUUGCCUGGUCGAGAUGGUUAUAUGGGUUUACCUGGUCUAAAAGGAAUGAGAGGAAACGACGGAUUGCCGGGAUAUUCGGGAAAUGUUGGACGCGGUGGACUACCGGGCGAGCCAGGAGAAUCCGGUAUCGAUGGCUUAAGGGGUAUACCAGGCAUAAAUGGAGCUCCUGGAUUACCUGGCAUGCCGGGAGACAGUGGCUUGCCAGGUGCACCUGGAGAACAAGGUCGAAAAGGAGAAAGUGGACUGCCGGGACUUCCUGGCCUAAUUGGACUGCCUGGAGAGUUAAGUCAAGGAGUACCGGGUGUGGCAGGAUAUCCUGGUCCAAAAGGCGAGAUAGGAAGACCAGGAUUACCAGGAAGAGAUGGUCAACCAGGACGUCAAGGGUUGAUUGGACCACCAGGAUACACAGGAAUUAAAGGAGAAGACGGUUUACCAGGUUUCAUUGGAAUUCCUGGACAGAAAGGCGAAAGAGGACUGCUCGGUUUACCAGGAAAAGAUGGUCGAGGAGGACCUGUGGGAGAAGGGGGGCUUCCAGGAUUUCCAGGCGAGUCUGGUUUGCCCGGUGCAUCUGGAAUCAGUGGAAUUCCAGGGAAAAAAGGCGAAGCUGGUCCGUCAGGCUUACCAGGAAUGAUGGGGCCAGCAGGUUUAUCAGGAAUACCAGGGAGUAAAGGAGAGGAUGGCUUUAUAGGAUUCCCAGGGCUGAAAGGGCUGCAAGGCGAUGAAGGAGCACUUGGACCAGAUGGAUAUCCAGGUCUCGCUGGUGAAAGAGGACUUGAUGGUGUUCCAGGCUUUCCUGGCCCGGCAGGUGAUGAUGGAUUCCCAGGACAACGAGGCCGUGAUGGAAUGCCGGGCCUACCAGGGCUACCAGGUGAAAGUGGCCUUCCAGGACUGCCAGGACUGCCAGGGGAAUCAGGACAUGUCGCCCAUCCUGGGCUUCCAGGAGACAUUGGGCUUUCAGGACCUAUGGGCCCGCCAGGUCUUAUAGGACCUGAUGGCAUAUCUGGCUUAAAAGGAGAGCCAGGUGAAUUCGGUCGUGGUUAUCCGGGAGCUCUUGGUCUUAAGGGUGAACCAGGUGAGCCAGGAAUCGACGGCCAAGAUGGAAUUGAUGGACACCCCGGAUUGCCCGGAAUGAUUGGAAUACCAGGCCUGAAAGGCGAUAUGGGAGACUUUGGACAAAAUGGUGAAAAAGGUCGAGAUGGUUUGUCUGGAAUUCCAGGUAUCAAAGGAGAACAAGGUUUAUCAGGUAUAUCUGGAAAACUAGGUCAGCCUGGCCGCCCGGGACUGAGUGGCCCUCCAGGACAAAAAGGAUAUCCAGGAAUUCCCGGUGAAGCAGGCUUUGCUGGAAUGGCGGGUCUAGCAGGCAUUCCAGGAAAAAAAGGGGAAAGUGGUUGGCCUGGAGUUUCUGGCCUUCCAGGUUCUACCGGACCACCAGGAUUACCUGGUGAUAGUGGACUCGAAGGUAUUCCUGGACCAAGCGGAGAUGUAGGACAACAUGGAAGAAGUGGCGUCCCAGGAAUUAAAGGAAAACGUGGAGAUGAUGGAGUCCCUGGACUGACUGGCAAGGAUGGCUUUCCAGGUUUACCAGGUAUUCAAGGAGAAGAUGGUUUCCCUGGCAGUCCUGGAUAUGAUGGAAUAGGCAUACCUGGAGAAGUUGGUGACAGUGGAAUUGUUGGUUUGGAUGGAAAGCCGGGGUUACCAGGUCUCCAUGGGCACCGUGGUGACGACGGUUUACCGGGAGUACCAGGACUUCCGGGAAUGCGUGGCGAAAACGGUCUACCGGGAUUGCCGGGAAAAAUUGGUGUCCGUGGAAUCGAUGGAAAAAGAGGCUUCGAUGGAUCGCCAGGCUUGCCAGGUUCUCCUGGCCUGGACGGGUUUCCGGGUUCGAAAGGCGAAAGGGGUUUGGAGGGUCUUCCAGGUUAUCCAGGUGCAGACGGGGCGCCAGGAUAUCCUGGAGGACGAGGUGUCCCUGGUUCAUUGGGUUCACCAGGCUAUCCCGGAGAUGAAGGCGUUCCAGGACUACCUGGAUUCUCGGGCAUUAAGGGCGAACAAGGAGUCGACGGUUUGCCAGGUCUUCCAGGAUUAGAUGGUUUGGUGGGCCCUCCAGGAAUACCUGGUCCACCGGGUGCUCCAGCUUUCUACAGUAGGAAAAUUCAUUCACCGAAAGGUGAACAAGGUGACAUUGGUCCACCUGGGCAAAAAGGUUAUCUCGGAAUCGAAGGAACCCCAGGAUUGCAAGGACCACCUGGGCCAGUUGGAUAUCCGGGACUAAAUGGUUCACCUGGCGUUCCUGGUCGUCCUGGUUUGCCAGGUAUGAAAGGCGAAAUGGGAAUUGUUGGAAUGCCAGGUGUACCGGGGCGUUCUGGGCGUCCUGGGCCACCCGGUCCACCUGGGUUCGCCGGAGCGCCGGGAGGACUGGCACCGUCGCGUGGAUUCACGUUCGCACGCCAUUCACAAAACACUGAAAUACCACGCUGCCCUCCAGGUUCACAAAAACUUUGGCAUGGGUAUUCACUUUUGUAUGUUCAAGGCAAUGGACGAGCAAGCGGGCAAGAUCUUGGUCAACCUGGUUCUUGUCUUUCGAAAUUCAAUACAAUGCCAUUUAUGUUUUGCAACUUAAAUAGUGUUUGCCAUGUUUCAAGUAGAAACGAUUAUUCGUAUUGGCUAUCGACGGCUGAACCAAUGACGCAAAUGAUGAACCCUGUCUCUGGUACAGGUAUAAGACCAUAUAUAUCGCGUUGUGCGGUGUGCGAAGUACCAACACAAAUCAUUGCCGUCCAUUCACAAGACAAACAAAUUCCAGAAUGUCCCCGAGGGUGGUCUCCAAUAUAUAGCGGAUAUUCAUUUAUCAUGCAUACCGCAGCAGGAGCUGAAGCUACAGGACAAAACCUGCAAUCACCGGGAAGUUGUCUUGAAGAAUUUAGAUCAGUUCCAUUUAUCGAAUGUCACGGAAGAGGAACUUGUAAUUAUUACGCUACAAAUCAUGGAUUCUGGCUUGCAAUAGUUGAUAAGAAUAAACAAUGGAGAAAGCCAAUGUCACAAACAUUAAAAGCCGGUGGUUUAAAGGAUCGAGUUAGCAGGUGUCAAGUCUGCCUUAAAAGCAAAUGGUUAGCUCAAUUCCAUUAUUCUAAAAAGUAA